GAAUAAUUAGAUAAAAUAUUUACAAAUAUAUUACUACGAUUUUAUUGAUAUCAUGUUGUGUGUGCGUUGAAAAGCGUGGAGGUUAUUCUUAGUGGAUUCUCGUUCUGUUGUUGUUCAAUUUCCAUGAGUUUAGUUUUUCCAUUGGCUAAGUUUGAAUUCUGUCGGUUGGACGAACGGUCAACGCAGACCGUUGUGAAGUAUUAUUGUGUUGGUUUGCUCUCUUUGCGGUUACGGAGUUAUGGUGGUUCAAAGACACAGCUAGCAUGGUCCAACAAAAUGUUGGAUGGCGUGGGGCGUGUUCACGUUCAGUAGAGACGGGCGCGCGCGGCUGGCCGGAGUGCUGCGCGCGCUGCUCAUUGCCCAGCUCGUCGUCUCCUUGUGCAUGGUCAUCUUCUGCUACAACACCAGCCUGCGGGUGAUGCUGCUGCUUAAGCAUAUACAUAAGGUGACAGUCCUACUCCUGUACGGGCUGAUCCUCUUCCAAGCGUACGGCAUGAAGCUCCACUACACUGGCGGACUGCGCCUCAUAGCCGUGCUGCUGAAGUGUCCCCACUGGAAGCGCGCGACGCUCGUCAGCAGCGUGUGGCUGCUCAGCGGCACGCUCGUCGCCGCCAACGGCAUGCUCGUGUAUGCUGCCUGCAGGGGGACUCUGAAGGCUCUGAUGAAGGAGUUAUCGUCAUCGCUACGUAUCGGUAUCUCUCAGUACUUGACGGAACCGACGUGGAAAGCGCUCAUGGAUACAAUGCAGGUUGAAUUAAGUUGUUGUGGAGCGGACAAGCCGACUGACUGGCACGAGAUACCCUGGAUCAACAUGGAUUUCCUCAACGAAGGAUCCGAAUUGGUUAUGAAAUUAGCGGGUGCUGACGGCAAGGUGCUGCCCCCUGUGUCCCCGUACUCAUGUUGCACGCCGCGUGUACUCGCUCCGUGCUACCACGACCCUUUACAACAGUCGGAGUGGCGCGAGGUGUGGUCGGAGUCGUCCCCGCUGCUGUCUGCGUCGCUCCACACGCGCGGCUGUGUGGAGGCGGUGCGCGCGCCGCUCACCCGCGCACUACUCGCGCUGCAGUGCUUCAACAUGCUCGUCUUCUUGUUCCAAAUCCUGAUAGUAGUCCUGACGCAGCUGCUCCGUACGAGUGCCCGCGAGGCCGUGCUGCGCGGCGACUGCAGUGGCACUGGACGAGGGGUCCUGUUUGGGAGACUACCACUGCAACUACAGCGCACGACAUCGAGUCGAGAAGAAGAGUUGCUGGCGUGUUCGAGUACGAGCGCGGGGGCCGUGGCGGGCCCGGAGCCGGUGCCGGGCCCCAGCUACUGCGCGCACUACUCGCGGCGCGGCCGCAGGCGCCACUGUCGCCCCACCACCAGGAGCAGCUACCCCUACUUGUCUUAGCAUCCGUCAAGUUAUGCAUAACUCUUUUAAAGCUUGUGAAAGUGAAUCUCGUGUGUGUGUUUGACUCUUAUAAACAGAGAUUUAUUUAAGUUAGUGGAGUGGAGUUAACAGUGAAGUGUAAAGGCUACAAGGACUAUCCAUUGACAUUAUUUUAUAAACCUGUACAUAUAAAGUAAAUGUAAAUAAAAGCACAAUAUGAAUCAA